AUGAUUGAAUUCAAUGAUUUUCUGUUAUUGAUUCGACAAAUCAACGGAACAAUUGCUAUUCUUAGUGAGUGGUUAAGUGACACAUUCAUUCAAGUGGGAUUAGGUGUCGUCAUUUGGGCUGGAUAUUUAAGUCACUGGAUUUCCUCUUCACGUUCAACGUCGGCGACACGAGCCUUCGAAGGCGACAAUCAAGUUAUUGAUGGCAUUUCAAUAUCAUCAUCGACACUCGACUCAAAGUUAGAAGAAAUUGUCGUUAGUCAAGCAGGAAUUGAGUCAAGCAUGAGUCGAAAUGACGUGCGUAAAAGUAAAUCGAAGGUGCGAAGUUACUUCAAGAAAUGCAAAGAUGCACUUUAUGGCCACUCAAGCGAUGAUACUUGCAACAUAACGGUGGAUGAAGAUCUCUCGCAAUCUUCUAAUACUUCAUGGUACCUCACAACAACCGCUUUUGAAUCUAAUGACUCGGUAAACAGAGCGAGCUCAGAUCAACUGCCAAAAGCUAUGAAAACGAAUCAAGUCGAUGUUCAGGAAGCAAUCGAUAACGAAAUUAAGUGCAUAGGCAUGACUCAAACAUUGCCUCUAGUGGAAUCUCAGGUCAAUAAGGAUGUUUGUACAGUUCCAAGUCUCAUUGAUAAAUAUUUGGGUCAACAUUAUCCACUGUAUCGGGAACAUACAAGAGACGUUCUAAUACGUCAAGCACGGGAUAUUCUUGUUUGUACAUUUCAUGGUGACCUCACGUCAUUCGAACGUCUCUUUCUGUUGCCAGCUGUUGAAAUUAUCGAGAAGAUCAAACAAAAAUUUCCCUGUGGAGAUACG